UUUAAACUGAAGACUGUGUCUUAUGUUAAGGCAGAAUGGGAACCCUUGGUAAAAAUUGUCCAUGUAGGGAAUACUCCUUCUCCAAAGCUAUGCCGUAAGACCUAUGCAAGCAUACCUAGAGACGUGGUGAUGGGAACGCCCUGCUUGUACACUUUGGGUCUGGUGUGCCUCCAAGUGCACCUUCCAGCUAUGCAUGAACCUGUGCCUGCAGCUGUGCUCUUUUCAGACUUUCAGACUUCUGUUGUGAAUGCAGCCUUGGACUGGAUCUCAAAAGGCCUCGCAGAUACCUUCAGUGAACGGCAGACACAAAUCUGUCCAAAGGCAGGCAGAUCUACAACAGCAGCUUUACGUGGAAGCUGCCUUGGAGAGGCGUGUGCUGGCUUGCAGAGUCAAAUGUCUCAAGCUGAUGAGUCGACAUCUGCCUAUGAGAGCAUUUCACCUGUAAAGCCAGUGUACCUCUUCCAGGAAGCUGGCAGAUAUGAGGCCACAUCAGUGACAUGGUUGGAUGAUGUCAGUGUUCUGGGCCCGGCUCACCUCUUUGCUGUUCUGGCUUUAGACCAAGGCGUGGUGCAACACACGGAUGCCUUGAUAAAAUGUGAGGAUUUCUCCAGUAAUGUGGAGUACAACAUGCAAGAUAAGCACUUGGUUUUGAACCCCUCGUGGAGGUUGCAUCAACAAUUUGAAAGCUAUAAAGAGCAAGUAAGAAAGAUAGGGGAAGAAGCCCGCCGUUACCAGGGAGAGCACAAGGAUGAUGCUCCAACAUGUGGAAUCUGUCAUAAAACAAAGUUUGCAGAUGGUUGUGGCCAUUUAUGCUCUUAUUGCCGGACCAAGUUUUGUGCUCGAUGUGGAGGUCGUGUCUCUCUGCGAUCAAACAAUGAGGACAAAGUGUACAGGAAUACUGUUCCUACUCAUUGUGGAUCACAUUCAGCAGUACCCGUAAGAGUUAUGUGGGUAUGCAAUUUAUGUCGAAAGCAACAAGAAAUCCUAACGAAAUCUGGAGCCUGGUUUUUUGGAAGUGGACCACAGCCCUCACCCAGCCAGGACGGAGCAUUGAGUGAUACAGCGACUGGUGGAAGCUCGGAUGCACCGAGAGAAAAGAAAGCAAGACUUCAAGAGCGAUCAAGAUCACAGACUCCCUUAAGUACAGCAACUGCCUCAUCACAGGAAAUCUCUUCUUCCAGUGUGCAGUCUGACCGUAGGAAAGGAGCAGAAGUAUCACAGCCGGCUAUGGGCCCGGACCAAAAGCAAGUUUCAUCAAGGUCUAGAAGUGAACCUCCAAGAGAGAGGAAGAAGACAAUACUGGUUUCAGACCAGAAUGGCAAAGGUUUAAAGGGUGAGCGUAAGCGCGUGCCAAAAUCCUCACUUCAAAAAGAAGGACCAGCAGAGCGUAAAGAACGGCACGAAGGUAGAAGGCUGGAGAAAGGCAAGUCACAGGACUACCCAGACUUGCAAGAGAAACUCGAGGAAGGCAAAGUGCCUGAUGAUGAAAAACAAAGGAAGGAAGAUGAAUAUCAUACCCGUUACAGGAGUGACCCCAAUCUGGCAAGAUAUCCUGUAAAACCACAUCCUGAAGAACAGCAGAUGCGCAUGCAUGCAAAAGUUUCUAAAGCACGGCAUGAGAGAAGACACAGUGAUGUAGCUUUGCCACAUACAGAAAUGGAGGAAGCGGAGGUACCUGAGAAUAAAUUAGGAAAACGCUCACAAUUACAGGGAACUCAGGACAGAAAAUCUCUUGUGGAAACUCAGAGGUCGUACUCUAUAGACAGAACAGGUGAUGUAAGAAUUUCUGUUUCUAAACAAUUAACUAAUCAUAGCCCACCAACUCCCAGGCAUAGUCCAGUUCCUAUAGAACACGUAGAGUACAAGAACCACGAUUCCUUUAAAAAACAGAGCCGCCUUGAUCCUAGCUCUGCUAUUCUCAUGCGAAAAGCAAAGCGGGAGAAAAUGGAGACCAUGCUAAGGAAUGAUUCCCUUAGCUCUGACCAGUCGGAAUCAGUGCGGCCAUCCCCUCCAAAGCCUCAUAGAGCAAAAAGAGGCGGAAAGAAAAGGCAGAUGUCAGUUAGUAGCUCAGAGGAAGAAGGGGCAUCAACACCAGAAUAUACUAGCUGUGAAGAUGUGGAGAUAGAAAGUGAAAGUGUCAGUGAAAAAGGUGACUUGGAUUAUUACUGGCUGGAUCCUGCCACGUGGCACAGCAGGGAAACAUCCCCAAUUAGUUCGCAUCCAGUAACGUGGCAGCCUUCUAAAGAGGGAGAUCGCUUAAUUGGGCGUGUUAUUCUUAACAAGAGAACAACCAUGCCAAAAGAAUCAGGUGCAUUACUGGGGCUAAAAGUUGUUGGAGGAAAAAUGACAGAGUUAGGACGACUCGGUGCCUUCAUUACCAAAGUGAAGAAAGGUAGCUUGGCUGAUGUGGUGGGGCAUCUCAGAGCAGGGGAUGAAGUUCUAGAAUGGAAUGGUAAACCAUUGCCUGGAGCUACAAAUGAAGAAGUUUACAACAUUAUUUUAGAAUCAAAAUCGGAACCUCAAGUUGAAAUUAUUGUUUCAAGGCCGAUUGGUGAUAUUCCACGGAUUCCUGAGACUUCUCACCCCCCGUUAGAGUCUAGUUCAAGUUCUUUUGAAUCCCAGAAGAUGGAAAGGCCUUCUAUUUCUGUUAUAUCUCCGACCAGCCCUGGAGCCCUGCGGGAUGCACCACAAGUCCUACCAGGGCAGCUUUCUGUUAAACUGUGGUACGACAAAGUGGGACAUCAGUUAAUAGUAAAUGUUCUGCAAGCAACAGAUUUGCCACCAAGAGUAGAUGGACGCCCCAGGAAUCCCUAUGUAAAAAUGUAUUUUCUUCCAGACAGAAGUGAUAAGAGUAAAAGGAGGACCAAAACAGUAAAGAAAAGUCUAGAGCCAAAAUGGAACCAAACUUUUCUCUACUCACAUGUACAUCGUAGAGAUUUUAGAGAGCGAAUGCUUGAAAUAACCGUAUGGGAUCAGCCAAGAGUACAAGAAGAAGAGAGUGAAUUUCUUGGAGAGAUUCUUAUAGAGCUGGAGACAGCACUUUUAGAUGAUGAACCACAUUGGUAUAAGCUACAGACACAUGAUGAAUCUUCACUACCUCUGCCUCAGCCAUCACCUUUCAUGCCAAGAAGACAUGUUCAUGGUGGAGAAAGCACUAGCAAAAAAUUACAAAGAUCUCGGCCAAUCAGUGAUAGUGACAUCUCAGAUUAUGAUGUUGAUGAUGGUAUUGGAGUUGUUCCUCCAGUAGGUUAUAGAUCUAGCACUAGAGAAAGUAAAUCUACGACGCUAACUGUGCCAGAACAGCAAAGAACAACACAUCAUCGUUCACGAUCUGUAUCUCCUCACCGUGGCGACGAUCAGGGCAGGACCCGUUCACGUUUACCAAAUGUGCCAUUACAGAGGAGUUUAGAUGAAAUUCAUCAAAUGAGAAGAUCACGUUCUCCAACUAGACACCAUGAUGCCUCCAGAACUCCAGUUGAUUACAGAUCCAGAGACAUGGAUAGUCAGUAUUUGUCUGAUCAAGAAAGUGAGCUUCUUAUGCUGCCCAGAGCAAAACGAGGAAGAAGUGCAGAGUGCCUACAUACCAUCAGCUCAACUCUUCCUGCAUGUGCUAAGACCAAAUCCAUGCUUAGACAGGAUAUUUCACUCCUUCGUGAUUGCCUUAAUUCACGAAUACCGAAAUUUGGAGAUGAUCUACUGGUUAGUGAACUACAGCCCUCCCUUGACAGGGCUAGGAGUGCUAGUACCAACUGCUUGAGACCAGAUACUAGUUUGCAUUCACCAGAACGAGAAAGGGGUAGAUGGUCCCCCUCCCUAGAGAGGAGACGACCUACUAGUCCCAGGAUUCAUAUCCAGCAUGCAUCUCCGGAGGAUGACAGGCAGUCCAGAAAAGUGGAAAGAUAUAGCAGCCAAAAACAAACUAGGAAAGGCUCCGCAACUGAAACGGAAAGGGGUCUGCUACCAUGUCUUUCUAGAAGGGGACUUCCAACCCCACGAACAACUGAACAGCCAGUCAUUAGGGGAAAACAUCACGCUCGCUCGAGGUCGAGCGAGCACUCUAGUAUCAGACCCUUAUGCUCUGUACAUCACCUAGUGCCCGGAGGGUCGGCGCCACCUUCUCCACUUCUGACAAGAAUACAUCAACAAGGAAGUCCCACACAGUCUCCUCCUGCAGACACAUCCUUCAGCAGUCGCAGGGGAAGACAGCUACCGCAAGUUCCAGUAAGAAGUGGCAGUAUAGAGCAAGAGCAAGAGACUUUUAACUCUUCCACAAAAGCAAGCUUAGUAGUGGAGGAGCGAACGAGACAGAUGAAAAUGAAAGUGCACCGUUAUAAUCAGACAUCAGGGUCUGGUUCUAGCCAAGAACAUGAGCGUGAGCAAUAUACCAAGUAUAAUAUACAAACAGAUCAGUACAGAAGUUGUGAUAACGUCUCUGCCAAAUCAUCAGAUAGUGAUGUCAGUGAUGUGUCAGCCAUUUCCCGAACCAGCAGUGCCUCACGCCUCAGCAGCACAAGUUUUAUGUCAGAGCAAUCUGAACGCCCUCGGGGCAGAAUCAGUACAUUUACUCCUAAAAUGCAAGGCAGACGGAUGGGGACUUCAGGGAGAAUCACUAAGAGCACAAGUGUGAGCGGAGAGAUGUAUAAGCUGGAGCACAAUGAUGGGAGUCAGUCGGACACGGCUGUCGGCAUGGUUGGAACAGGUGGGAAGAAAAGGCGUUCAAGCCUUAGUGCCAAAGUGGUUGCCAUAGUGUCUCGAAGGAGCAGAAGCACAUCUCAACUUAGCCAAACAG